ACACCCCUCACCGUCGUUCUCUCAGUGGGAGGAGCUUAUCAUCUGGGGAGCCUCAACAACAUGUUACUGACGUGACAGAGAAGAGUCUCUCCAGAUCAGAACACCUCAAGAAACACCAGCAUAGAUGUAGAGCGAAGAAACCUCACCACUGCUGCUCUGACUGUGGGAAGAGUUUCACUAGCAGGAGUGGCUUCAUUAUGCACCAGCGGCUUCACACCCGAGAGAAACCGUACUGCUGCUCUCAGUGUGGGAAGAGUUUCACUAGCAGGAGUGGCUUCAUUAUGCACCAGCGGCUUCACACCCGAGAGAAACCGUACUGCUGCUCUCAGUGUGGGAAGAGUUUCACCUGUGCAGGAGGUCUUAAAGUACACCAAAGAAUCCAUACUGGAGAGAAGCCUUACAGCUGCCCAGAAUGUGGGAAGUGUUUUACUGCUUCUAACGCCUUCAAAUAUCAUUUGCGAAUUCAUACAGGGGAGAGGCCUUACCCCUGCCUUGAUUGUGGAAAGAGCUUCAACCAGUCAUGCAACCUGACGACACACCAGCUAACACACACAGGAGUAAAGCCUUAUAGCUGUGAUCAGUGUGGGAAGAGCUUCAAUCAGGCAGUCCACCUGACCACACACAAGCUAACACACACAGGAGUAAAGCCUUAUAGCUGUGAUCAGUGUGGAAAGCACUUUGCUGUAUCUUCCACCCUGAAUACACACCAGAUGAAGGCAUCCAGUCAGCUAACAUCAGCACAGCAGAAAAGAGGACAAUCUGAGGGGACUCUCCUAACCGUCGCACUCUCAGUGGGAGGGGCUUAUCACGUUGCUGACGUGACAGAGAAGAGUCUCUCCAGAUCAGUACAUCUCAAUAAACACCAGCAGAGACGUACAGGGAAGAAACCUCACCACUGCUGCUCUGACUGUGGGAAGAAUUUCACAAGCCGAAGUGGCUUCAUUAUUCACCAGCGGAUUCACACCGGAAAGAAACCGUACUGCUGCUCUCAGUGUGGGAAGUGUCCAGGAAGUCUUAAAGUACAACAAAGAAUCCGUACAGGAUUCAGAUGCUCAGAGUGUGGGAAGAGUUUCCCUACUUCUCAAACCUUAAAAUUGCAUCUGAGAAUUCAUACAGGGGAGAGGCCUUACCCCUGCCUUGAUUGUGGGAAAGCAUUGCUUAUACACUGGAGUGAAGCCUUAUAGCUGUGAUCAGUGUGGGAAGAGCUUCAAUCAGUCAGGCCACCUGACAAAACACAAGCUAACACACACACAGGAGAAGCCUUAUAGCUGUGAUAAGUGUGGGAAGAGUUAUGCUGUAGCUUCCAUCCUGAAUAGACACCACACUGGAGAGACACCACACUGGAGGACUGUUGGAUAUAUGUGGGAAGAGCUUUGUUAAUUUAGGACCAAUGAGACAACACCAAAAAGCACAAACAUGGCUUAUUUCAUCUCCCAUCUAUCCAACACCAGUUCCAGAUCCCUUAAUAAAGGAUCAGUAGAAAACAUCUAGUGAACAGUCAUAUCCAUCUCCCAUUCUUAGACAGUUGCUUUAGUCUGAUCACCAUGGUAACCUCUGUGCAGCAUAAUAUGCAGCUCUGAUCUGUCUGAACCUGUGAUUGAUUAAAAUGCUCCUUUAAAAUGAUCAAUAAUACAUUGGAUAAUAAUAUCCAUGAGGUCCAGGUAAUAACUAUGCAUACUGUCUCUUGUAACAAUAGAUUUAUGUAAUAAAACUGGUAAAUGUAA